AUUCUUUACUAUGGGAAUCGAAUCCUUGGUCAGGUUCUACUCCACAAUUACAUGAAAAUUUUUCAACCAAUCGUAACUCUAUCACAACCGACAGACGUUGGACACCAACUGUCACUUGUACCAGUAAUGCAGGCGGCGGCAACAACACUAGUCGUCUACCACAACCUUAUUAUCCUACAUCACAAAUCUCAUCAUCACUUAGUGAUCCUAGAUGGUCAGAUUUAAUGAAUGAUAUGACUAAUCCAUCAUUAAUGAUGAAUGAUGUCAAACAUCGAUCGUUCAAUUCUUCUGGUAUUGGUGAAUUGGAUGAUGUACACCCUAGCGGAGUUGAUUGUCAAUCUCUUAUCAUUCCAAUGUCUAUAUCAAAUAAAUCAUGGCUGUUAGCGCAUAAUAUUCCAUCGCAUAUCUCAGUUGGUAUGUUAAAAAUGACUGUCUCCUCAGCUUUGAAUGCAAAUCAUCAGCUGAUUCGAUCAAUGGAAUGUGAUGUUGUUGAUCAUCAAUCGAAUGAUAGAAAUACGUUGAAUACCACCGUGACUACUGCUACUACUACUAAUACUGCUGUCAGUAGUAAUAGUAGUAAUGAUGUUGAUUUCGAAAUUCAUCCAAAUAUGUCAGCACGUUGGGUUCUGUUAGGAUUGAAUAAUUCUACGGAUAUGUCUAUUGUUCAUAGUACUUUAGAAGGCGCUGGCGGUAAUCACAAUAGUAGUAGUAAUGAUGGGCAACAACAACAAGUAACCGGUUGUUAUGGAUCGAUAAAGAGGAUUAGUCCAGCUGAAGCAUUGUUUCAUUUACAAGAGAUUCAGUCAUUAGCAUCUCGUCUAAAAGGUUUAAAUGCUGAUGGAUCACAAACAGUAUCAUCUGCUAACAUUCAUUCCAUAUCACAAUUGUCAACAUCGACAUCAUCAUCGUCAGCCAACAUGAUGCGGUGUGAUUCUACUGCUGCUAUUGCUAUUACUACUACUUCUGCUACUAAUAAUCAUAGUCAUAUCAAUCUGUCAAUGAAUGAUUUGUCUUCUUCCACUCCUACACCUACUCCUACGACUACUCCUGCUCCUACCACUACCACUACUGCCACACAUCCAUCAGUUCCAUUUACGACAACAACAACAACAACAACGAUAAUGUCAACGUCAACUACUGGUGUAACAACAACCAAUCAAAAUCCAGAUGAUUGAAUCUAUCAAUAAUACUAAUAACAUUGUGUAAUCCAGAUUUCAUUAUAUUUUUUGUGAUCAAUUCAACAACUGACCAUGCGUUUGUUUUUUUCUUUGUUCUUACCAUUUUACCCUUUUUAAUCCUAUGAAGAAAGAAGAAAGAAUACAACCAACCAAUUAACCCACCCUUACCCCCAUCCACACACACCCACACAUACAACCAUGAUUUAUUUUUAAGCAUAGUUAUUGUCCUUGUCUAUGUGUGUGUGUGCGUGUGCGUGUGUAUUCAUUGAAAUGUAACUUGGAACAAUAUUGAUGAAGCAUUUGUUAGACUACUAUUACUAUCACUGCUUAUUUGUUACUUGUCGUCUUCUUCAUUACACAUUUUAUAUGGCUGGUUGAUUGAUGAUCACCGUUCGACUUGAUCAUUGUUACGUCAUCAUCAUCAACCAGAUCACCCUCAGCAGCGGCAGCAACAGCAGCAUUAAACCACCAAAAAUGUUUCGCCUCAAUUUUCUUUUUAUAUGUAUGUAUGUAUUCAUCAUCGUUGAACACAACAUGUCUCUCAGUCCAGUCCAGUCAGUGCCUCACACAGAAUUAAUUAAUUUAAAACAACAGAAUACUACUCUCCGCAUUACAUCUGGUGGUGAUGAUACAAACGACAAGACAUGGUGUACACAUGUCUGAGAUACUAUACACUACACUCAGCAUUCAUUAUUCAUUCAUUCAAGUAGUGAGUGGCUGCUUCACAAUCAAGCAUCAUGAAAUGAGACAAUAGUGUAUGAAGCGAAUUCGUCAUCAAAACCAUCCACCUGCCCCAUUGUCUGUCACCUCAUUCGUUACACCGUCAUAAAAUCUUUCAAAAUAGAUCAUUUUUUCCACAUAUUGAUAAUGAUGUUUGUAUUUCUAUUUCUGUAAUGCCGUGCAUGCGUACGUGCGUACACACACAAAUUCCACUCACACCCUUUCAGCAGACAUCGACAUAAUUUCCUCUUUCUAAUGAUGGUGAUGUGUAAACGAGAGAAACUGUUGACUACUUUCUUAGUUUUGAUUUCUUGUUUCCUUUAUCUCUCUCUCUCUCUCACACACACACACACACUCUUUUUAAUGCCAACCACAAAUGAAUUGAAGUUGUGCGCUUUUUUGUGGCUUACUUAUUUACUUAUUUGUCAUUUGAAUAGAUUUUUUCGAGAAAAAAAAUUCCCCACUAAUUUUUAAAUUCUUUGUUCGAAUCCUUCUAAAUUGUCAUUUGAUCUUGUCUCGCUUUUCUCUCUCUGUAUUCUCCUUUGUUUACACUUGUCUAAUGAAUGCAAUUUUUUUUAACAGAAAAAAAGAAUGAAAUCAUGAUCAUAAUAUUUUUAUUAUGAAGUAUAUAUUUUUUUCAGCGCACUAAUUUAGUGUGUAUUGCCCGCGUCCAAUGUCCAACUGUUCGCUGUAAAAACAAUGUGCACAUUAGUCAAGAAUUGGGCAUAUUCUUGUCUCGUUUUUUUUUCUAUUAAAUCGAAACAUACUACUUGUGUUGUUUAUGUCUAAUUUUUUUCUAACUUUAUAUUCUCCUCACUGAAUCAUUCGUCUAGUCGGUACAUUUUAGCCGCCAUGUUAUGUAUUUCUCUCUCUGUCUCUCACUUUUAUUCAUUUGUCUUGUUGUACACACACACGUGCACACAUACGAUUGCUGUGAAGUCAAUUACACUGUUUUUUAAUAGGUUUGUGUGUGUGCAUGUGUGUGUUUUGUCUGAUUUCUUUGUUUGUACCACUUCAUAAUAAUGGAGAAUUUGAAUAUAACAAUGACAAGUUUUCGUUCCGUACAUGUCACAAAAGGCAUUUCCUUUAUUGUCGUUUUUAUUAUUUUGUUUAAUACAUACAAACGCACACACUUUCAUUGUUUCCUUCCCUCUCUAAUAUAUAUAUAUUCAUCUCCUCAUUGGUGGUCAGUAAAGCAUUUUGGCUUUAUUGUAGACUUUAUUUUUUCGGCAUAUUUUUUUAUACUACUGUUGUUGUUGUUGUUAUCAGUAGUAGUAGUAUAGCAUAGUUCCAUUAUUGAUUGCUGCAUCGUUUUCACGCCUUUUUUCUUGUGGAUAUGUGUGUUUUUGAAUUUAUUCACUGUAUACUCACAAUAUGUAUGUAAUUACAGGAGAGAGAGAAUAUUGUGCCUUUUGUGUUUCGAUUUUCUUAACAUUCUGUGUGUGUGUGAGUGUGAAUGUGUCUUUUCAGCACCUAUUCAUCAUCAUUCAUUAUAUUGUGUAUUCCAUACAUUGUGUACUUUCUAGGUAAUGUAUAUUGAAAGAAAGGAACUAAUCGGGUUGAGUAUAUAUCUUCUAUCUCUCUUUGUGUAUGUACUUUUCUAAAGCCAGUUAGUUCACAAUUCAUCCAUCAUAGAUUGGUAGAUUGAUUCUCUGUGUGUAAUUUUUUUCAAGAUGAACAAACAGUAUGAUGAUGUUUUUAAGUAUUUGUUAACAAUGUUCAUCUUUUUUUUUGCCUUUUUUCUACAUUGAAAAACAUAAUUGAUCAAUUUGUUUUUAAUGUGUGUGCUCUUAUUAUGUACAUUGUGGAAUUCACCGCCGCAUUCAUGAAGCUGGCGUUCAGUGUUUUUAAUUCGACAAGAAAGGAAAAAACGAGAAAACAUCCUCUGUGUAUUGUUGCUGCUGUUGGUGUUUGAUCAUUUGUUUACAGUUUUUGUUUCGUUUUGUUUUGUUUACUAAUCUUCUCUCUCUACUAGUGAUAUUUUCAUGUUCCUUUCUCUCUCUCUAUUGGCAAAUUACGUGUGUGUGUGUGUCUGUAUAUCAUCCAUGAUGUACUACUACUGUUAUUACUCUUAUUAUGAUGAUGAUCACAUCGAUAUGCCCAUUUGUAAUGUUUCUUUUUGCCCUCCUUUUUUUAAAUGUGGUCAAUUGCUUGUGUUUAUCUGUUUGUGAGUACUUUUGCUAGCCCCUCCUUUCCACCACCACCACCACCAUUGUUCCACAUCCUCUGUCAAUUUGUUUGUUCGUGUGUGUGUGAGUGUCUGUGCAUGUUUGUAUUUUUGCUUUUCAUUUAUUGAACAAUACAAUUACUAAUACACACACAUACACACACAUCUAUAUAUAUAUAGACAUUUAUAUACAACAAAUGCAUAGAUUCUAUUUGAU